UGGUUUUAAGCUGAAUUGAGUAGCGAGGUCACUUUAACCCGCCUUCCGCAGCUUCCCUGAAACAACACUCGAAAAUGCACAGCCCCACAAAGUUUGACAAGGUAGAAAGAAAGAAGAUAGCUCUCUCUGUAAAACGAUAAAAAUGAUCCACAGAUGAAAGGAGCUCCCUUUGCAAAAGGCUGCGGCUGGUUUUGCUCUCUGGAAGAACAUUAUACAAGAACCAAUCUAAUCAUGCGUUCUUUGGCUCUAGACCAGCAAAGCACAAAGCUUUCUCUCAUCAUUUCGUCCAUAUAGGCAUAUAGCCGAUCACUCAUUCACUCUCCACGCUUUCACUUCACUCGCCCACUCCCACUCUCACUCUCUCAAUCCAUCCAACCAGAAAAACCACCACGCGCGUGCGCCCGCCGCGCACGACGCACGCACGCACGCGCGCGCGCGCGAGACGCGAGACGAGAGAGAGACGAUGCCUCCGCUUCGCCGCCGUCUCCUCCUCCUCUGCCUCUACGUGGCCGCGGCGUCCCGCCUCGCGCCGUGCUCCACGGCGGCGGCAUUGCCGGACCCGGCGCCGCUCGACCCGGCGCUGAUCUUCCCCUCGGCGACCCCGGCGCAGCCAGGGAGCGCCACGAUCCCGGCGUUCCCGGAGCAGUCGGACGCCGCGUCUGGGACGUCGUCGACGUGCCCGCUGACCCCGUCCCCGUCGCUCCUCCCGGCCGUGACGUCCUCCUGCGUCGACGGCGGCGGCGCGCUGACCACGAGGCUGCGCUGCUGCCCGCCGCUGGCCGCGUGGCUGUUUGCGGCCUACGCGCCCGCGGCGCUCGCGCAGAGGCCGGCCAAGUCGGCGGCCGCCGCGGCCGUGGACAUGCCCGUGCCGCCCGACGACUCGGAGGCGUGCGCGGGCGCCGCGGACCGCGCGCUGCGGGCGGAGGGGGCGGCGCUGCCUCGCCCGCCGGGCGCCAACGGGACGUGCGACGUGGCGUUCUGCUACUGCGGGGUGAGGCUGAGGAGGCUGACGUGCGGCCCGCCGCCGGCGGAAGGCGGGCAAUGGGCUCCGGCGGACGCGGCGGCGAGGAGGCUGGAGAAGGACUGCGCGGAGCCAGGCGUCCCCGGCUGCUCCAAGUGCCUCCGCGCCCUGACCACGAUAAAGGCCGGCUCUGGCGGCGCCGCCGCGGCGGCGGCAGCGGCGGCGAAGAAGAAGCAGCAGCAGGGCGGCGCCGGCGUGACGGGCGAACGAGAGUGCCAGCUGAUGGGGAUCAUGUGGCUGCUGCAGCGGAACGCCACGCGGUACGGCGCGGCGGCCACCGCCGUGAUCCAGGCGCUGAUGGCCGCCGACGAGGCGUCCGCCGCGGGCGUCGCGGCGGCGGCGGAUGGGCCGGCGGCGUGCUCGCUCCCCGUCGACGACAUGCCGCUCGCGGCCGAGUACGCGAGGUUCAGCGACGCCGGCGGCCCGCCGGCCGUGUCACGCCUCUACGUGUUGCUGCUGCUUGUCGCGUUGUUCGGUGUUGUUGCCUACGCCCUGUAGCACUUGUGAUUGGAUUUAUUUUUUUGUCAAAUGGUCUAUCCUGUAGCCCGGUCACUUGGAUCUAUAUAACAGUAUCGUCAGAACUUCUGUUCUGUGGCACAUUGCAGAAUCAGAAUCGAUCAACAGCACAAAAAUCAGUCCGUUUUACUCAGUGUAAACUUUAGCCAAUAUACUGUCUAUUCGAAAUCCACAA